AUGGCAGAACUAGGAACAAUGGCAGAACUAGGAACAAUGGCAGAACUAGGAACAAUGGCAGAACUAGGAACAAUGGCAGAACUAGGAACAAUGGCAGAACUAGGAACAAUGGCAGAACUAGGAACAAUGGCAGAACUAGGAACAAUGGCAGAACUAGGAACAAUGGCAGAACUAGGAACAAUGGCAGAACUAGGAACAAUAGCAGAACUAGGAACAAUGGCAGAACUAGGAACAAUGGCAGAACUAGGAACAAUGGCAGAACUAGGAACAAUGGCAGAACUAGGAACAAUGGCAGAACUAGGAACAAUGGCAGAACUAGGAACAAUGGCAGAACUAGGAACAAUGGUGGUGCAGAUAAACAAUCUUUUUAAAUCACAUAAUGAUCAUCCGUUCACUGAGCAUUUCUUCUUGUUCGUCCUUACAAGGGCAGUUAGCACUUUGUGUUGUGUUUCCAACAAAGCUCUGAUAAAUGCAUCCCCCCCCCCCCCCCCCCAAAAAAAAAAAAAACCUACCAGAUUUUAG